GUUCAUGGCUGGCUUGGUGAGAACAUUUGCCAAGUUAAUAGAGCCAUGCAGUCUGUCGAAACUCUGCAAAAUUAUAACGCUCUCAUUUCGCUGAGGUGCGUUCUGGCUACGCUGGGAUUGGCUAUAGAGUUCAUGAUAUGUCGCCUUCUGCAUGCUGUGCCGCUAUUUCAUGUGGUAGUGGAACAAAAAAUCACGCAGAAAGCUCAGCUGAAAAUGGUCAAAGAGAAUUACUGGGAUUCCCUUUUCGGUUGGCAAAUGUUUAAGGAAUGUUGGAAAAUGAAAGUUCUGGACUUACGGAAGCAAGUUAGCGAGGGAACGGACGUCGUAGACUCGGCUCUGAUCACAGCGGACGGACGACAGUGCGUGCGCCUUUUGGAUGUAGCGCGAAUUGGCAGACCAUUAGUUUUGAACUUCGGCAGCUCAAGCUGACCUCCGUUUAUGGCGAAAUUGGCCAAGUUUAAUGAGAUCGUACGUGAUUUCAAUGACGUGGCCGAUUUUGCAAUCAUCUACAUUUCCGAAGCGCAUGCGAAAGAUGGAUGGGCUUUUAAGGUGAGUCGAAAUUUAAAUACAAACAUAGGAUAAGUUUGAUUGCAGACUGUUAUCGAUUCUGAUGUACUUUCAUCAACUCUCUUGAGGGUUUUCGCUAAGCGCGUGCUGAUAGUCAUGACUCUCAUGAACUCUCAUGCAACUCUUGUCCUCGUUUGACCGAGAUAUGAGAGUUGAGAGUUUGAUAUGAGAGUUGAGAAAACUCUCAUGUAAAUUCUCGCUUGCCAACUCUCAUCAACACUCAUCUUCGUUUUAAAAAGAAGCUUCAAUUUCAGGAUAUAAAUUAACUUAAAGCUUUAUCCACGCUCUAUCCACUUGUAAAAUGCUUAAUUGUUUAAUUUAAAAUUUUAUCCUCUUGCAACGCGGAAAUGCCAAAGGGAAAUUAAACUGCAUACAUGCAGUGCGGAAUGAUUUGAUCAGGAAAUUCUAAACAAGAUAUUGAAAUAUCAAUUAUGUUUGGGAAAGUAUGUGGUGAAAAAAAAUGUCGUUUUAGUUUAAUUUUGUUUAUCUUAGCAACUAUUUUAACAUUUCCUGGACUGGACAUUCUUGAGAGUUCCAACUCAAAACAGCAAUAGCCGCCAGCCUUAACUAAAGAACUGGGAUUUCGGUAUCCCGAAAAAGUUUGCUUUGGAAAAAAGAUUGAGGAGACUGUGAUUCCGAAAUUUGAGAUUCUGAAAUGUUGUUUAAUGUUCAUAUUGAAGAUAUUUCGGACAAAGUUUCUAUUGUUUUACACCAAUUUGAAGCAACUAUCUGAAAACAGAAUUCCGCAAGAUUAGCGCUACAAUAAUUUUGUUUUUUCUACAAUAAUGCGGUUUUAGAUCAUCAGUGGAUAUAUGCCAUUUAUUACAAACAUUUUUUAUGUCCCGCGCCCUUCCCAUUCAAUGUUGUUUAUCCAAUCCAGAUACUAUAUAACACAGACCUAAUAUUGAACAGGUACAUUGCUUUACCCUCAAUUUUUAAAAUGUUACUGGUAUUCAAAUUGGUUUAUUUUAUUUUCAGAACAAUUACGAAAUUCGUCAACAUCAAAGUCUGCACGAGCGACUUGAUGCAGCAAAGCAUGUUUUGGCCAGGAACCCUCCCUGUCCCGUUUAUGUAGACACGAUGGCGAACACUAUGAAAACGGCCUACGCCGCGCUACCGGAGAGAUUGUACGUCAUAGAUGAAGAUAAGAUCGCGUACGUUGGAGAAAUGGGACCAGAAGGUUAUAACCUGGACGAGUUAAGACGAUGGCUCGCUGAGUACAGGAAUAAUGCCAGGCGCAGAACUUGGACCAGAUAACGAGAGAGAUGGAAAAGGACAAUACGAACCAUUGACUGAGGCACAGAAUAAAGACAAUAUUUUAUCGAUGGGUUUCACUAUAUUGUGCAGCAGUUGUCGACUGAUAACCGGCUGCUGUUCCGUAAAGCCUGCAAAUAUACCGGAUGUCCCAAUUAGAAAUGUCCUCCCAUUAUAUUUUGUGGUAUUACUAAGAUAAAAUAACUAUCAUACCAUUUUUAACCGAUCAAAAUAACCAACCAUUUGUUUCCUAGAAUCACUAAGGUAGCGACACCA